CUAUUAAAUGGACAUUGGCAACGCCGCGGAAACUGGGCGUCGGAGAAAAAGCGAUCGGAAACGCGCUCGGCGGCGGCGGCAGCAGCAGCAGCAACACAGCGGCCUCUCGGGCCGCUCCGACGCCGCCAUGAAUCCGGUGAACGCCACCAGCCUGUACGUGUCGACCUGCCGCUACAUCAUGCAGUGCGAGCCGCGGGAACCCGGCUCUUUCCCCGAGCUCUACAAACUGCUGCCUUACCUGCGCCAGUCCCUCUCCUGCUGUGUCUGCGGAAACCUACUGAAAGAUCCAAUUGCUCCUACAAACUCCACUUGCCAGCAUUAUGUCUGCAAAAUGUGUAAAGGCAAAAAGAUGAUGAUGAAGCCCUCCUGCAGUUGGUGCAAAGAUUAUGAACAGUUUGAGGAAAAUAAACAGCUGAGCAUCCUGGUGCGUUGCUACAAAAAACUAUGUGAAUAUGUAGCGGAAUCCCCAAUUUCACAGCACCUCACUACAGUUAUGGAUGGUGCCCCUGACAUCUUAAACCUGUUGCAAGAGGGGCUCUCAUUGGAUGAAGAGAGGCAAGGGACUGCUGCUUUGGCAAGUGCUUUAAAUUUAUCGAAUUCCCCAACCCCGUCAACCUCAGAAUGCACCAGUGACCUGGAAAUGGCGGCAACACCACAAAUCAUUGAAAAUAUUCAAGACUGUGAGCAGGUUUCAAGUAAUACUGAAUUAACAUGCUCUAGUUUCAAUGGGUUGCCUGGUUGCAACGGACUUUCUGUUGGUGAAUUUACAGUAAAUAUUAUUUCUUCUGAAAGUUCAGAAAGGCUCAAUACAUCCUGCACUGGAGAGGACUUCAAAAAUAGGGACAUUUCUGACAGUUUGCAGGCAGUCAACGAAGUAGUUUCUUGUAGUAAUGUUGAUGUAGUGGGUGUUGACAUUUGCAGUUAUGGUGAGGACAUAAAGCCUAUUAGUUCUUUGUUACUUACUGGUGGACAUGUAUUUCAAGACUUAGAAAAUGUUGCAAAUGAUCUAGACGCCUGUAGCAAUUAUUCACAACCAAUUUCUGAGGCAGUUACACCCAAUGGACCUCUCUUAGAUGCCAAACCUAUCUCCUUGCCUUCUAAAAGCAGUAUUUUUGUUUCUAGCAACGCACCCCCUCAUGGUAUUCCCUGUGUAGCAGCAACACCCAAAAUUGUACGAAUGAAUCGGAAGCGAUCUCGAUCAGAGAGUGACAGCGAAAAAAUUCAGCCCCUACCUAUUUCCAGAAUUAUACACGGCCCACCGUUAGGGGCUGCUGCUCCUGUUCCUGCCAAACGAGAGACCAAGUUGUCCACAGAAACUGUAGUCACAGUGCCAAACGGGGGCACGUUAAAAGUGGGCAAAUCCUUGCUUGCGGCCAGUAAAAAUGUCAAAAAGCAUGCAGAACAUGGAGCAAAGAAAUCGCACUCAAAAGUAAAGCAGGGAACAACCAAAUCUAAAACCAAGGAGAAGGUUCAUAGCAGUACUAUGAUGCCUGGUAGUCCAUCAAAAAUAGCAUACAAAAAGCCCCCGGAGAAGAAGGGGUGUAAGUGUGGACGUGCUACACAAAACCCAAGUGUUCUUACUUGUCGUGGGCAACGUUGCCCUUGUUACUCAAAUCGUAAGGCCUGUUUGGACUGCAUUUGUCGUGGAUGCCAGAACUCGUACAUGGCCAAUGGUGAGAAAAAAUUAGAGGCUUUUGCCGUGCCAGAGAAGGCCUUGGAGCAGACCAGGCUUACAGUGGGCAUCAGUCUAACCAGCAUCAGCAAUGCGGUGCGGAAUGCAAGCACGAGCGCAAGUGUCAUCAAUGUGACAACUGGGUCGCCAAUACCUACUUUCCUAGCUGCCAGUCCACACGAUGACAAAAGCUUGGAUGAAACUAUUGACUAUCGUUAUGACUGUUAGAUUGGAAUCGAUCUGGUAGACCUUAGGCAUGUCCCUGUUAAUGGGGAUGACUACAACUUUAAGGCAGCUAUAGUUCUAUAUUGGGGGAAAAAAAUUUAGUUGAACUUGCCGUAGUGCUUUGGGUAUAGAUCACUUGAAGUAAAUGUAAAUCAUCAGGUUUGCCUCCAGAAAAGAGGAAUAUGUUAAUUUGAAUAAGAUGUAAUUAUGAACUUUUGCAAGUGGUUUAUACUGAAUGAUCUUUGGCAAGAGAAAUUUGACCUCAUUGUUGCUGCUUAUGCAUUGUGCAUAAUCGCAAAAGGUUAAGGUGUAAUUUAAAAAUGAAAAUGGUGAACUACAGUACGAACAGUUUAAAAAAAAUACAUGUAGAAUAUAAUGUCACUUUUUUAUAUGCAGAUUAUUUUUGUGUUCUCUAAAUCAAAAAAAACAUUGGUUUUGUUUUAUUUUGGUAAUGUCAUUAGAUGACCCAAGAAUAUAUUUAAAACAAAA